CUGUCUUUUUUUUACAGUGUAUUGUGUUUUUCUCUGUUUGAAGUGGCCACAGUGUGUGUGUGUGUGUGUGUGUGUGUGUGAGUGUGUGUGAGUGUGUGAUCAUUAAGCUGUAAAAAUGAACACACACACUCGUCGUCCUGUUUUCACGGUGACCUCUGGACUUCCACCUCCUCCUGACAACACGACGGCGUUUUUCUUUGCUUUUCUACUUUACUCUUCUUCUUCUUCUUCUUCUUCUGUGGUGGGAAUUAGCUGCGAUUCUGCCUCUGUGGGAGUCAGAUGGAAACUCUGUGUGUCUGGAUUUAUCCUGAGGUUUCUCCCUGAGGAAUUUUGUUGUUUUACUCUUGGUUGUUUUGGAAGUCUGUCUCCUGCUCCUCCCGAAAUCGCCCCGUAGAUGAAUGGACUUUGGUUGAAGGAGUUUUGUGUGUUUUCCUGCGUCGCGCCGAGCGUCUGGACGCGAUGAUCCCGGUCAUCUCUGAUUAAAUAAACCUCAUAUCUGUGAUGGAGGCUGAGCGGGUGUCGGUCGACUCGGCUCCGUCCAGCUACAACCUGCUGGAGGGUCGAUUCAAGCAGCUGCAAGAUGAGAGGGAGGCGGUGCAGAAGAAGACCUUCACCAAGUGGGUCAACUCUCACCUGUCCAGAGUCUCCUGCAGAAUCACGGACCUGUACAUGGACCUGAGGGACGGACGCAUGCUCAUCAAACUGCUGGAGGUUCUGUCCGGAGAGAGACUGCCCAAACCCACCAAGGGCCGCAUGCGGAUCCACUGUCUGGAGAACGUGGACAAGGCUCUGCAGUUCCUGAAGGAGCAGAGGGUUCACCUGGAGAACAUGGGCUCCCACGACAUCGUGGACGGGAACCACCGCCUCACCCUGGGCCUCAUCUGGACCAUCAUCCUCCGCUUCCAGAUCCAGGACAUCAGCGUGGAGACGGAGGACAACAAGGAGAAACGCUCGGCCAAAGACGCUCUGCUGCUGUGGUGUCAGAUGAAGACAGCCGGGUAUCCCAACGUCAACAUCCACAACUUCACCACCAGUUGGAGGGACGGCAUGGCCUUCAACGCCCUGAUCCACAAACACAGACCUGAUCUGAUCGACUUUGACAAACUGAAGAAGUCCAACGCUCACUACAACCUGCAGACGGCCUUCAACAUGGCCGAGCAGCACCUGGGCCUCACCAAGCUGCUGGACCCAGAAGACAUCAGCGUGGACCAUCCUGAUGAGAAGUCCGUCAUCACCUACGUGGUCACCUACUACCACUACUUCUCCAAGAUGAAGGCUCUGAAGGUGGAGGGCAAGCGAAUCGGGAAGGUGCUGGACAACGCCAUUGAGACGGAGAAGAUGAUUGAGAAGUACGAGUCUCUGGCCUCAGACCUGCUGGAGUGGAUCGAACAGACCAUCAUCAUCCUCAACAACAGGAAGUUCGCCAACUCUCUGGCCGGGGUCCAGCAGCAGCUUCAGGCCUUCAACACCUACAGGACCGUGGAGAAACCACCAAAGUUUACGGAGAAGGGGAAUCUGGAGGUCCUGCUCUUCACCAUCCAGAGUAAGAUGAGAGCCAACAACCAGAAGGUCUACAUGCCCCGCGAAGGAAAACUCAUCUCAGACAUCAACAAGGCCUGGGAGCGGCUGGAGAAGGCGGAGCAUGAGAGGGAGCUGGCUCUGAGGACGGAGCUGAUUCGUCAGGAGAAGCUGGAACAGCUGGCCAGACGCUUUGACCGCAAGGCGGCCAUGAGGGAGACGUGGCUCAGCGAAAACCAGAGGCUGGUGUCACAGGACAACUUUGGUUUCGACCUCCAGGCCGUGGAGGCAGCAACCAAGAAGCAUGAGGCGAUCGAGACCGACAUCGCAGCGUACGAGGAGCGAGUCCAGGCCGUGGUGGCCGUGGCCAAAGAGCUGGAGGUGGAGCACUAUCACGACAUCAAACGCAUCACGGCCCGGAAGGACAAUGUGAUCCGUCUGUGGGAGUACCUGCUGGAGCUGCUGAAGGCCCGUCGACAGAGGCUGGAGAUGAACCUGGGCCUGCAGAGAGUCUUCCAGGAGAUGCUGUACAUCAUGGACUGGAUGGACGAGAUGAAGAUGUUGCUGCUGUCUCAGGAUUAUGGAAAGCAUCUGUUGGGUGUGGAGGACCUCCUGCAGAAACACGCCCUGGUGGAGGCUGACAUCGCCAUCCAGUCCGACAGAGUGAAGGCAGUCACCACCAACACCAUGAAGUACUCCGUCAACGACAGCGGCUACAAACCCUGCGACCCUCAGGUGAUCCAGGACCGGGUGGCCCAUCUGGAGUUCUGCUACCAGGAGCUGACCCAACUGGCCGCCGAACGGCGCGCCCGUCUGGAGGAGUCUCGGCGCCUCUGGAAGUUUUUCUGGGAGAUGGCCGAGGAGGAGGGCUGGAUCCGUGAGAAGGAGCAGAUCCUCUCCUCCGUGGAGCACGGCAAGGACUUGACGGGGACGCUGCGCCUCCUCAGCCAGCAGCGCGCCCUGGAGGACGAGAUGAGCGGUCGCGCCGGACACCUGCAGCACACCAUCGCCGAGGGCCAGGCCAUGGUUGAAGCCGGUCACUUCGCCGCCACGAAAAUCCAGGAGCGCAUCAACGACCUGCAGGCUCAGUGGGCGGCACUGGAGCAGCUGGCGGUUGCGAGGAAGAGGAGGCUGGAGGACGCACUGGCCCUGCAUCAGUUCCAGGCCGACGCAGACGAUGUGGACGCCUGGACGCUGGAUGCCCUGCGCAUCGUCUCCAGCGGAGAGACGGGCCACGACGAGUUCUCCACCCAGGCGCUGGUCAGGAAGCACAAGGACGCGGCGGCGGAGGUGGCCAGCUACAGACCCGUCAUCGACUCCCUCCUCGAGCAAGCCGCCGCCCUGCCCAAAGAGGCGGCGGAGUCGGAGCAGGUGCAGGGUCGACUGGCCGGCAUCGAGGAGCGCUACAAGGAGGUGGCGGAGCUGACCAAACUGAGGAAGCAGGCGCUGCAGGAUGCGCUGGCUCUCUACAAGAUGUUCAGUGAGGCCGACGCCUGCGAAGUUUGGAUUGACGAAAAGGAGCAGUGGCUGAAUAGCAUGGAGAUCCCGGAGAAACUGGAAGACCUGGAAGUCAUACAGCACAGGUUUGAGAGUCUGGAGCCGGAGAUGAACAACCAGGCGUCUCGCGUUGCUGUUGUGAACCAGAUCGCCCGGCAGCUGAUGCACAGUGGACACCCCAGCGAGAAGGACAUCAAGACACAGCAGGACAAACUCAACAACAGGUGGAGCCAGUUCCGUGACCUCGUGGACCAGAAGAAGGAGUCCCUGAACUCAGCUCUUGGUGUCCAGAACUACCACCUUGACUGCAACGAGACCAAGUCCUGGAUCAAAGAGAAGACCAAAGUCAUCGAGUCCACCCAGGAGUUGGGCAACGACCUCACCGGUGUCAUGGCUCUACAGCGCAAACUCACCGGCAUGGAGCGGGACCUGACCGCCAUCGAGGACAAGCUAGGAGACCUGCGCGGCGAGGCUGAGCGUCUGGCCGAGGAACACCCCGAUCAGGCCAAGGCCAUCACGGGCCGCCUCGCUGAGAUCACCGCCGUCUGGGAGGACAUGAAGAACACUCUGAAGAACCGCGAGGAGUCUCUGGGCGAGGCCAGGAAGCUGCAGCAGUUCCUGCGAGAGCUGGACGACUUCCAGUCCUGGCUGUCCCGCACGCAGACCGCCAUCGCCUCCGAGGACAUGCCCAACACGUUGGCCGAGGCGGAGAAGCUGAUGGCCCAACACGAAGGCAUCAAGAAUGAGAUCCAGAACUAUGAGGAGGAUUAUCAGAAGAUGCGGGACAUGGGCGAGAUGGUGACGCAAGGCCAGACGGACGCCCAGUACAUGUUCCUGAGGCAGAGGCUGCAGGCGCUCGACACCGGCUGGAACGAGCUCCACAAGAUGUGGGAGAACCGGCAGAACCUGCUGUCGCAGUCCCACGCUUACCAGCUGUUCCUCAGGGACACCAAGCAGGCCGAGGCCUUCCUCAACAACCAGGAGUAUGUCCUGGCUCACACUGAGAUGCCCACCACUCUGGAGGGCGCAGAAGCCGCCAUUAAGAAACAGGAGGACUUCAUGACCACGAUGGACGCCAAUGAGGACAAGAUCAACGGUGUGGUGGAGGCGGGAAGGCGGUUGGCCAGCGACGGAAACAUCAACGCUGAACGCAUCCAGGAGAGGGUCGCCUCCAUCGAUGAGAGGCAUAAGAAGAACAGGGAGGCAGCGGUGGAGCUGCUGAUGAAGCUGAAAGACAACCGAGACCUGCAGAAGUUCCUCCAGGACUGCCAGGAGCUUUCACUAUGGAUCAACGAGAAGAUGCUAACAGCCCAGGACAUGACCUACGACGAGGCCAGGAACCUGCACAGCAAGUGGCUGAAGCACCAGGCCUUCAUGGCCGAGCUGCAGUCUAACAAAGAGUGGCUGGACAAGAUCCAGAAGGACGGCAUGCUGCUGGUAGCAGAGAAACCAGAAACGGAGGCGGUGGUGAAGGAGAAGCUGUCGGCGCUCCACGUGAUGUGGGAGGAGCUGGAGUCGACCACGCAGACCAAAGCUCAGUGUCUGUUCGACGCCAACAAGGCCGAGCUGUUCACGCAGAGCUGCGCUGACCUCGACAAGUGGCUGGGCGGCCUCGAGGGCCAGAUCCAGUCGGACGACUACGGCAAAGACCUGACGUCCGUGAACAUCCUGCUCAAGAAGCAGCAGAUGCUGGAGAACCAGGUGGAGGUGCGUCAGAGGGAGGUGGUGGAGCUGCAGAGCCAGGUGAAGGCACUAGGUCAGGAGGUGAAGGACACGGAAGAGGUGGACGGGAGGAGGCAAGUGGUGGAAAAGAAGUUCCAGGAGCUGCUGGAGCCGCUGCGUCGCCGCAGGAACUUCCUGGUGGCAUCCAGAGAAGUACACCAGUUCAACCGGGACGUGGAGGAUGAGAUCCUGUGGGUUCAGGAGAGGAUGGCUGUGGCCACGUCCACCGACCACGGACACAACCUGCAGACCGUCCAGCUGCUCAUGAAGAAGAACCAGACGCUGCAGAAGGAGAUCCAGGGCCACCAGCCUCGCAUCGACGACAUCCUGGAGCGCAGCCAGAGCCUCCUGCAGGAUACGUCCUCCAACGCCGACGUGAUCCGCCAGCGCCUGGAAGACCUGCAGCAGCUGUGGAGGCAGCUGAUGGAGGAGGCGGAGCGUCGGAGCGGCCGGCUGGAGGAGGCCCACAAGGCCCAGCAGUACUACUUUGACGCGGCGGAGGCCGAGGCCUGGAUGAGCGAGCAGGAGCUGUACAUGAUGUCUGAGGAGAAGGCCAAGGACGAGCAGAGCGCCGUCACCAUGCUGAAGAAGCAUCAGAUCGUGGAGCAGGCGGUGGAGGACUAUGCCGAGGCCGUCCACCAGCUGUCCAAGACCAGCAGAGGACUGGUGGCCGAUGGACACCCAGAGAGCGAGCGGAUCAGCAUGCGUCAGUCUCAGGUGGACAAGCUCUACGCCGGCCUCAAGGACCUGUCAGAGGAGAGGCGGGGCAAACUGGACGAGAGGCUCCGCCUCUUCCAGCUCAACCGAGAAGUCGACGACCUGGAGCAGUGGAUCGCUGAGAGGGAGGUGGUGGCUGGGUCGCAUGAGCUGGGACAGGACUACGAACAUGUGACUAUGCUGCAGGAGCGUUUCCGUGAAUUUGCCCGGGACACUGGGAACAUCGGGCAGGAGCGCGUGGACGCCGUGAACCGGCUGGCGGACGAGCUGAUCAACACGGGCCACGGCGACGCGGCCACGGUGGCGGAGUGGAAGGACGGGCUGAACGAGGCCUGGGCCGACCUCCUGGAGCUCAUCGACACCCGGACGCAGAUCCUCGCCGCCUCCUUCGAGCUCCACAAGUUCUACCACGACGCCAAGGAGAUCCUGGGACGCAUCGUGGACAAGCAGAAGAAACUGCCAGAGGAGAUCGGCCGUGACCAGAAUACGGUGGAGACGUUGCAGAGGAUGCACACCACCUUCGAACACGACAUCCAGGCCCUGGGAACACAGGUGAGGCAGCUGCAGGAGGACGCUGUGCGCCUGCAGUCGGCGUACGCCGGAGACAAAGCGGACGACAUCCAGCGCAGAGAGAGCGAGGUGCUGGAGGCCUGGAGGAGCCUCCUGGAAGCCUGCGACGGACGCAGACUCCGCCUCCUGGACACUGGGGACAAGUUCAGGUUCUUCAGCAUGGUCCGAGACCUGAUGCUGUGGAUGGACGACGUGAUCCGGCUCAUCGAGGCCCAGGAGAAUCCCAGGGACGUCUCCUCUGUGGAGCUGCUGAUGAACAACCACCAGGGCAUCAAGGCCGAGAUCGACGCCCGCAACGACAGCUUCACGGCCUGCAUCGAGCUGGGGAAAGCCCUGCUGGCCCGGAAACACUACGCCUCCGAGGAAAUCAAAGAGAAGCUGCUGCAGCUGACGGACAAGAGGAAGGAGAUGAUUGACAAGUGGGAGGAUCGAUGGGAGUGGCUCCGGCUCAUCCUGGAGGUGCACCAGUUCUCCCGGGACGCCGGCGUGGCCGAGGCCUGGCUGCUGGGCCAGGAGCCCUACCUGUCCAGUCGGGAGAUGGGACAGAGCGUGGACGAGGUGGAGAAGCUCAUCAAACGCCACGAGGCCUUCGAGAAGUCGGCCGCCACCUGGGAGGAACGGUUCUCGGCCCUAGAGAGGCUGACCACGCUGGAGCUGCUGGAGGUGAGGAGGCUACAGGAGGAGGAGGAGAGGAGGAGGAAGCCGCCUUCUCCAGAACCCGCCGUGGUUCAGGAGGAGGCCGAGCAGCAGCAGAGCGCCAUCAAUCAGAACGGACUCCCCUCAGACCAGGACUCUCCUCGGGACGGCGCAGAGGAAGGAGAUCUGGUGAACGGCGUCGCCGAGCGUAGCUCCAAGGAGACAAGCCCCGCCCCCUCGCCGACCUCGGGCCGGAAGAGUAAGGGCAGCCAGUCGUCCACGCUGCCCACCAAGAACCAGGAGUCGCCCCCGCUGCAGGAGGGAUUCCUGCACCGCAAACACGAGUGGGAGGGCCACAACAAGAAGGCCUCCAACAGGUCGUGGCACAACGUGUACUGUGUCAUCAACAACCAUGAGAUGGGUUUCUACAAGGACAGCAAGGCGGCGGGUCAGGGCAUCCCGUACCACGGCGAGCUCCCCGUCUCCCUGAAGGACGCCUUGUGUGACGUGGCCUCGGAAUACAAGAAGAAGAAGCACGUCUUCAAACUCAGAGUCGCUGAUGGAAACGAGUAUCUGUUCCAAGCCAAAGAUGAAGAGGAGAUGAGUACCUGGAUCCAGGCCAUCUUGAACUCCAGCGCUGCCGACCGCCCCUCCGACGUCCAGGUCAGCAACCCAGGCACUCCAGCGUCGGGACGGGCUCAGACGCUCCCGGCCACUGUCACGCUCGCCACCGAGUCGAGUCCCGGCAAGAGGGAGAAGGACAAAGAGAAGGACAAGGAAAAACGCUUCAGUCUGUUCAGCAAGAAGAAACAGUAGAAGGUGACUCACGCGGCGCUUUGGUGAAACCCAACGAAUCCAAACGCGUCAUCUCAUCUCCUUCAACUGGAAACUCAGAACUGGAAUCUGCUUCAGGUUUUAGCUCCAUGAAGACGACUUUUAACUUUUUUUUUCCCCAGCCGUCAACCUCCGACUCUUCCUGCUCAAACAAACCAGUCACUCAUUGGCUCCUCAACACCUUCCAUCCAUGAAUCCACUCAACUUCAGAUUCUUCUUCGGCGAAGGUCUGGACGGAGGGCGGUCCGCCGUCAUGGCCGACCUCUUAAAAGAAGCGGAGCAGAGGUUGACUCCUGAGGAAAAAAAACAAAAAAAACAACAAAAAAUAGCUCAGCAGAGUUUCACCAGAGCGCUGCGUUGGGCCGUUUAUUAUUUACUUUUCUUGUUUUUUAUGUUGUGGUCGUCAUGUGACAGGAAGUUGUCGCUCAGGUCGAAUGUAAACACCAGAGAGCGAGAGAGUUUCAGUCGUGACGUAACAGCGGUUCAUCGUCUGCAAAUUAUUCAACAUUUAAACCUGUGUUCCCCUGGUUGGUCUAUUCUUCUUCUUCUAAUUCUUCUUCUUCUUCAUUCUACAUCUGAAGGUCUUUAGCUGUCUUUAAACUAUGUAAAUUCCAUGUGAAUGGCGCCAUCUGGUGGUGGUCACGGCAUCCUAAACGCCAUUCUGGUAUGUUUUUUGUUUGCAGACGAUAAACGGCUAUCGGUUCGUCGUCUCCGGGGACCACACUCGUUUAUUAUUUUUCUACCUUUCAGGUUAUUUUUUUAAGCUCGUCCUCAGAGACGUCCUCUCAUUCUGCCGUCGAGAAAUUGGACCAACAGUUAGUUUUUAAUUAUUGUUUCUGCCUUUUUGUCUUCCGCUGCUCUGAGGCCGUUUUUCCAUUAGUCGAGGAGGAGUGUGAUGUAGAAACCUGCAUGCUUCGUCAGACCGUCGCCUGAAAACUCACCUGAAGUUCUUCUUUAAUUUUGUCUCAGUUCGAUCUCAGUUUUCUGCUCCAGAUAACGAAGCUCAGUGUGAAUAAUGAAGGUGGUCCUGCAAACAGCAGGAAGUGGAGCUCCAGACUAACGAAGGCUGCUUGCUUGUCGUCGGCACUGCGCUGCGUUCUUUGAUACUCGUGUUGCUUCACUGUAUAUCUAUCGUAUCCGACAUGUAUGGAAGUUAACGCCAUCUUACUGCACAAUCAGACCUGCAUCUAUAGGAAUGAAGAAGAAGCUGUUUAAGGCUGAAUAUUUAAACAGAUGUUAGAUCAUAAAAGCUUAACUCAUGUAUGAAACUGCACCUGUAGACUUCUCUUCUCUUUCUCUGUCAAAUAUGUGCGAUGUCAUUAAAGCUUUUAAACUUUAA